AUGGGGAUUCCUGCUUGUUUUGAAGCAAUAUAUGGUACACACAUUCCCAUUCUUGCUCCAACAGAGAAUCACGCCGACUAUGUUAACUGUAAAGGUUAUCACAGUGUUGUUGUGCAAGCAGUUGUUGACUGUAAAUACUUGUUUAGAGAUAUUGUCAUUGGCUGGUCUGGUAGCGUCCAUGACGCAAGAGUCUUGUCAAAUUCAGAACUUUUUAAGAUUAGGGAACAAAAUAAGCUUUUGCCUGAAGACUACCAUGUGAAUGUCAGUGGAAAAUUGAUUGGUCCUGUUAUUCUUGGAGACCCUGCUUAUCCCUUACUACCUUGGUUCUUAAAACCAUACCCAGAGAACCCGAAUACAAUCCGGCAGCAUAGAAGGUUUAAUUAUCGUUUGAGUAGGGCUAGGGUUACAGUAGAGAAUGCAUUUGGCAGAUGGAAGGGGAGAUUUCAUAGAUUCCUAAAGAGAGUGGACAUGGAUAUAAGUAAUUUGAUCAUUGUCAUUGCUGCAUCAUGCAUUUUACACAACAUAUGUGGAAUGAAUAAUGAAGAGAUCCUGCUACAUUGGUUGGAGGAAUCAAGCCAAGCAACAGCUACCUUUCCUCAACCAGAUCCAUUAGACAACACUCAUGCUCAAGAUGAUUCUGUUUCAAUUAGAGACCAUUUUGCUAAUUACUUCAAGUCAGCUGUGGGAGAUGACAUUGGUCAGGGUGAUUAA